AUUUAACCUAUUUUUUCGUGACUUAAGAUUUUUGUUUUUAUAGGCACAAAUAUGGCUUGUUUCUUUAGAAGAAAAAUUGCUGCCAAGCUUGCAGAGGCGCUGCAGCAGUCCGAUGAUGCCUUUAUACCUGUUCUGACCGUUAUUCCCGUUCUCAAGAAGCAGCAGAGUGCUGACUUUAGGCUGUCGCUUGGAACAUUACGGAGCAACGGAAUUCUUCCUUCCAGUGGGGAAAUCCAGCUGCAGACAGAAAACCUUGUUGCACAGUUAAAACCCGACAGCGUGGUGGAGGAUAUCACAGCUGGACAUGGGCUGAUUAACUUUAGAGUAAAUCGCAGCCUUCUUGCUGAGAAACUCUUGGAGCCAUUUGCAGAAGGCGAGAGUCAUAAUUUUGGGUUAAACAGCAAACUUUUGGAUACUCUGAAGAGAGGAACCACAUUAGUAGAAUUUAGCUCCCCAAAUAUUGCUAAAAAGUUUCAUGCUGGGCACCUGCGCUCAACAAUCAUUGGUAACUUCAUUGCUAACCUGAAACAAUCCCUUGGUAACAAUGUCAUUCGAAUGAACUACCUGGGAGACUGGGGCAUGCAGUUUGGUUUGUUGGGAGCUGGGUUCAGCAGGUUUGGAUGCACGGAAAAGUUGAAGGAGAAUCCAUUACAGCAUUUGUUUGAGAUUUAUGUUCAAACGAACAAAGAAGCAGAGCAGAAUGAGGAUAUAAAACGUGCGGCGAAAGACUUCUUUAGACAGCUGGAGCAGCAUGAGAGCCAGGCCAUGUCUUUAUGGCAACAGUUCAGGGAGAUCACAGUGAACGAGUAUAAGCAUAUUUACAAGAGGUUAGGAAUCCACUUUGAUGUGUACGGAGGGGAGUCCUUUCACCAAGACCAAGCCCAGGAGGUGGUCCAGGAGCUGCAGAGUCUAGGCCUGCUGAAAAUCUCAGACAAGGGGACCGGUGUGGUUGAUCUCUCCCCAAAUGGAGUCAUGAGCAACAUCUGUACAUUACACCGCAGUGAUGGAACAACCCUCUACAUCACCAGGGACAUUGCUGCGGCUAUCAGCAGGAAGGAGAAGUACAGCUUCGAUGAGAUGAUUUAUGUGACGGACAAAAGUCAGGAGAAUCACUUCAACCAGUUAUUCCAGAUACUUCUGCAAAUGGGAAAUUCUUGGGCUAACAGGUGUCGACAUGUCUCCUUUGGCUUGGUGAAAGGCAUGAAGACCAGGACGGGUGAAGUGGUGUUUCUGGAGGAUGUGCUGGACGAAGCUCAGGCCAGGAUGCUCCACAACAUGAACCAGUCCAACACAACCAAAGAACUGGAAAACCCAGAAGACGUAGCUGAGAAAGUGGGAAUGAGUGCAUUAAUAGUUCAGGACUUUAAAGGUCCUCUUCAGUCUGAUUAUAAGUUUGACUGGGAUCGGAUGCUGCAGGCUCAGGGCGACACAGGCGUCUUCCUUCAAUACACACAUGCCCGACUCUGCAGUUUAAUACAGAGGAAUGAAGGUGUGGAGACAAAUACAUUCAACCCUUCCUGCCUUAGUGACCAGACGGGUAUAACCGUCCUGCAGCACCUCCUUCGUUAUGACGAAGUUUUAUAUCAGUCGCAUCAGGACUUGCAACCCAAACACCUCGUCAACUUUUUACUGAAGCUGAGCCACUUCAUCGCUUCAGCUCACAGAGAACUGCCAGUCAAAGGAAGCCCUCCGCAUGUUGCACAGGCAAGGUUACGACUGUUCAAAGGUGCACGCUCGGUUCUGGCCAGCGGGAUGAGAAUACUGGGCAUCACACCAGUUCAAAAAAUGUAAACUUAAAGUUUAAAGUGCUUUUACAGGACUUUAUGUACCCUCUUUGAUAUCCACUGUGAAUACAAGGUCCUUUAUUUUCCAAAUAAAAUUACCUUCCUUGUUGAUUGUGAAGGUUAAAUGAAACUCA